UGGAGUUACCCACCGGCCUCCAAUUUCCUCCUUCCCUUCCCCAACCAAGCCAUGUCUCACCAUUGAGCCGGCAACGGACAGAAACAGCCAGAAAACAAGGCUGUGCAGUGCAGUCCAGCAAACAGACAAGGCGUUUCCUCUCCCGGGUCGAGCCCGUCUUGCUCCAAAAGUCCCCAGCGCAUGCAGUCUGUGGCACCCAAACUUUUACAGAGGAAGGAAGCCGAGCUGGCGGACGGGUAAGGAGGCCGUCACCGCCCCGUGGGGCUGCACGUGAUUCAGGGUGGACUUUGCCCUCCCCUGAGCGCAGGCACAGAAGAGCGUCAGUGCCGUGGGAACACGCUGCCAGCGAUGGGGAUGGACGAGGUGGGCAGGGAGGAGCUGGGAAGCCUCCACGGCAUCCCCUUCUACAAGUCCUUCAUAGAGGGCUGGCCGCAGGUGGAGGCUUUCCAAGCCCGGCAUGAUGACCUGUUGAUCGCCACCUACCCCAAGUCAGGCACGACAUGGCUGAGCGAGAUCCUGGACAUGAUCUACCAUGACGGCGAUGCAGAGAAGUGCCGGCGGGAUGCCAUCUUCAACCGGGUGCCCUUCCUAGAGAUGAAUGCCCCCAAGAUACCAAGCGGUGUCGAGCUGCUGGAGAAAACCCCGUCCCCACGGCUGGUGAAGACCCACCUGCCAGUCCAGCUCCUCCCAGCCUCCUUCCAGGAGAAGGACUGCAAGGUAAUCUACAUGGCCCGCAACCCCAAGGACGUCGUUAUCUCCUACUACUACUUCUACCAGAUGGCCAAGAUACACCCCGACCCUGGCACGCUGGCUGAGUUCCUGGAGACCUUCAUGAAUGGAAAAGUGGCCUACGGGUCCUGGUAUGAGCAUGUGAGAGGCUGGUGGGAGAAGAGGCAGGAGAAACGGCUCCUCUACCUCUUCUACGAGGACAUGAAGAAGGACCCACAGCGUGAGGUGCAGAAGAUCUUGCAGUUCCUGGGCAAGGAGGUGCCAGAGGAGACAGUGGCGAGGAUCCUCCACCACACCUCCUUCCAGGAGAUGAAGAAGAACCCCGCCGCUAACUAUGAGACCAUGCCCCCCUCGCUGAUGGACCACAGCCUCUCCCCUUUCAUGCGGAAAGGCAUCUCUGGAGACUGGAAGAACCACUUCACCGUGGCGCAGAACGAGUGCUUUGACCAGCACUACCAGCAGCACAUGGCGGGCUCAGAACUCUGCUUCCAGAUGGAGGUGUGAGGGGCACCCACCCCCGGGGCACUGCCUGCCCCCUGCGCUUCCCAGGGGUCCCUGCCCUGAUGGGGAGCCAGCACCGGAUUCCUGCAGCCCGGAGCUCGCCGGGCAUUUUUCUUCCCAUAAUAAAUUGCAAUAGCCAGAGGUUGAGCAUUCAUCUGUGAUGAAGGGCAAGGGCAGAACCUGACGCGUGUUCUUGGUGCCUCAAGACACCUGCAGGCACACGGAGAUGCUUGCCGUGGGGACCCCAUACUCCAAAGCAUCACUUUCAGCCCCAGACACAUGGGGCUGGCCUGGCCCACUCCUAGAAAACAAAGAGCGGUGCCAGCAGGAGCAACGACUGUCCUAAGAGUCAAAAAAAAACCAAAGCAACUCAGGGUGCUCACUGCCCCCACACUGACUCUGUGCCCAGGCAUGUUUACGUCUCCGAAUUGCUGCAGGUUGCUUUGCAGAGUGGGCGGUGGCAGGGCAGAAAUUUCCAUCACCGUUGCACCAGCAUGGGCUUUGCAGGGCAAAGGCAAGGGGAAACACCUCCUGCCUGGCACUAGCACUGGCCCCGCUGGCAUGGUGACAUGGGGGAUGUCCCUGCUCCCAGACAGCUGCACCAGGCUCUUGCUCAGGCACCACUGGGACAACCUGGCCCACUGGCAUCAGGGAUUUGCUCCUGAGACCCAAAUCCCCCCAUUAUGCCCUAUUUCCAGCUUUGGUUUAUGAGUGCCCAAACUAGUGACGUUUCUGCACAGGCAGUGUCCUGGGGCUGGUUUGUCCCAAAGAGAUGCAAACUGGAUUUAUCUGUGAGCAGCAGUGCUAUUGGUGCAGCUAAAGAAUAAACCCUUCCAACACAUUUAUUUUAGUGCAGAGGGGCAUCCUCAUGCACCCCCAGCUCCUGGCUUUGCCAAAGGGUGGCCCUUCCCCCAAAAGACCUGCACUCCCCCCAGCACGUCUC